AUGAGGGUUGCCCUUCCAUCAUCUUCUCCGUCAUCCACCGUUGGCGGUGGAGAUGGGAAAGGAGGAGUUUACAGAGACAAAGACGCCGAAUCGCUCUUCCGGACGAAGCCUAUUUCCGAAAUCCGUAAUGUGGAAGCCGCAACCAGAAAACAGAUCCAGGACAAGAGCGAAGAGCUCCGACUGCUCGUCGGAAAUCGGUACCGAGAUCUCAUCGACUCCGCGGAUUCGAUCGUUCUCAUGAAGUCCUCUUGCGAGUCAAUAUCCGCCAACAUCUACGCCAUCCACAAUUGUAUUCUACAUUCCCUCUCCACCACCUCCACCGAUACUGACUCCCCUAGAUCCACCGUCGUCGUUCCCAAUCCUGCUAGGGCUCGGAUUUACGGCAUUGCCUGUCGAGUCAAGUACCUCGUGGACUCCCCUGAGAACAUCUGGGGCUGCCUCGACGAGUCCAUGUUCCUCGAGGCUGCUGCCAGAUACAUCCGUGCCAAGCAGGUCCAUUAUAGCCUCAUUAACAACGCUGACAACAAGAAGAAUAAUGUACUCUCCAAUUUCCCUCUUCUUCAGCAUCAAUGGCAGAUCGUUGAGAGCUUUAAAACUCAGAUCUCUCAGAGAAGUCGUGAGAGAUUGUUGGAUCAUGCUCUCGGCCUCAGCAUCACUGCUUAUGCUGAUGCUCUUGCUGCUGUUGCCAUUAUCGAUGAGCUAGAUCCGAAGCAGGUUUUAUCUUUAUUCCUCGAUUCGAGAAAAUCCUGCAUUUCUCUGAAGCUAGUUAACUGCUCCACUGCUAUUACUAAUAGUGCUGAAGUGAUUUCGGUGUUUUGUCAAGUAUUAAGGAUAAUUCAAGUUAGCGUAGGGCAAGGAGGGGAAUUGCUCUUGCAAGUGUUGAGUGAUAUGCCUUUGUUCUAUAAAACCAUAUUGAGUUCACCUCCCGCUUCUCAAUUGUUUGGUGGAAUACCCAACCCAGAUGAAGAAGUCAGGUUGUGGAAGUUGUUUAGGGACAAAUUAGAGUCGGUGAUGGUAAUGCUAGACCGAGAAUUCAUUGCCAAAACCUGUUCUGAUUGGUUGAGGAACUGUGGUAAAGAGAUUGUUAAUAAGAUCAAUGGGAGGUACUUGAUUGAUGCCAUUGUAAGUGGUCGGGAUCUUGCUGAGGCUGAGAAGUUAAUUCGGGAGACCAUAGAAAGUAAGCAAGUGUUGGAAGGGAGUUUGGAGUGGCUUAAGUGUGUCUUUGGUUCUGAGAUUGAGUUGCCAUGGAAUAGAAUCCGUGAGCUUGUUCUGGGAGAUGAUUCGGAUCUUUGGGAUGAGACAUUCGAAGAUGCUUUUGUUCAGAGGAUGAAAACAAUUAUCGAUGCAGGGUUUGAUGAGUUGUGUAAAGCUGUUAAUGUGACAGACUCUGUUCAUACCAUUGCUGAAACUCCUGGUGACAGGAUUGAUUUUCGAGCAUACUUGAAUAGAUCUUCUACUGGUGGUGGGGUUUGGUUCAUGGAGCCUAGUGGUAAAAAGUUUGGUCCAACCAUUGGUUCUAAAGCGCAGACUGAGGAGAAUGAUUUCCGCAGCUGUCUCAAUGCCUACUUUGGAGCUGAAGUCAGCCGGAUUAGAGAUGCAGUUGACAGCCGCUGUGAGAGUUUGCUUGAGGACUUACUGAGCUUCCUAGAGUCUCCCAAGGCCUCUUUGAGGUUAAAGGAUCUAGUGCCGUAUUUACAAACCAAGUGUUAUGGAAGUAUGUCAACCAUAAUGAUGGAGCUCAAGAAUGAGCUAGACCACUUGUAUACUGCGCUGGAAAAGGGCAAUAGGGAAGGUGAGUCUGUGCCAACCUCUGCUAUAAUUGUUGAGAGAUCUCUAUUCAUUGGGCGGCUCUUGUUUGCAUUUCAAAAAUACUCUAGACACAUCCCUGUUGUUCUUGGUUCGCCAAGGUCAUGGUUGAACAAAGCUAUGGCAGCUAUAUCUGGUAAGUCCUCGAUUGUGUUAAGGUAUUCCAUUGCAGUUAUUGAUAGUCCCAUGUCUGAUAACCCUGGAAAGAAAUUUCUUGAUACCUCUAAAAGACAAACUUCUUUGGCAACUGCUGCUUUGUUUGGGAUAAAUGACAGUUCCAGCCCACAACUUGAAGAACUUAGUAAAACAAUCCAAGAUCUUUGCAUUAGAGCUCACAAUUUGUGGAUAUCAUGGGUUUCUAAUGAGCUUUCCAUCAACCUUUCUCGCAAUCUCAGACAAGAUGAUUGUUUAUCAGCAGCAACUCCGUUGAGAGAGUUCACAAUUUCCUUAGAUGGUGAUGUUUCAUUCAAUGGGUGGGAGGAGACAGUAGUCAAGCAAGCGCAGUCCGUUGAGAGUCGGUCAGAGAUGAAAAUAUCACUGCCAUCGAUGCCCUCUCUUUAUAUUACAUCAUUUCUUUUCCAAGCAUGUGAAGAAAUUCAUCGAGUUGGAGGUCAUAUACUUGACAAAGUAAUUUUGCAAAAUUUUGCUUCCAGACUGUUGGAGAAGGUAUGCAGCUUGCAUUAG